AUGCAUCAACAGAUUCUGACUCACUUCGGCAAGGAUUGCCUCAAACUCGUACGAGAGUACGAGAAAACGGCACGUAAGAUGGCUGACUACAGGAACCACCUGCGAUUUAACAUCAGAUGCAGACAGAGCAGGAUCACACCUAAGAGCCUGCAACUCAGAUCUUCUGUCAAAGGUCACCGAGCUAGCAAGAUCAUUCAGAAGGCACAGAACCAGCUAUUGAAUGAACGGGUGAGACAAACUAACUUCACAAUCGAUGUCUUAAAAACUAGAGAGGAGCAGAUUGUUCAAAGACUUACAUCACGUCUAGAUGAGCCCACUCUCCAACAGGUGAUUAACUUCACGCAGAAGGCUCGUCUAGGACAACAUGAAAAGUCAAAAACCAGGCAGCGAAAAAAGUUUGACUUGCUUGCUGCGGGACAGAAACACCAACAGACCAUGGAUGGCCGAAAGAGGAAUGAAGGGCAAACACACGCUGGUGAUGUGGACAAGUGGGUGAAGAACUUGUCGGACAGACAACUCACACAAGCAGAGAAAGACAUCUUGGCUAAGGGGUUGAAUUUCGCUGUUACACCAAAGCAAGUCCCACUAGUGGAACUGAUCACAGCCACAGAAUCAGCAAUCCGCAACAACAACAUCUCCGACCUGGAAGCGGAACAGUUGCGGAUGAAAGUGUCAGCUUGCCUGAGUAAUGCAAAGCCACCGCCAUCCAACAUCAGCAGAGACGAGAGGUAUGCACUUACUACACUUAGUAAGGACAAUAACAUCAUCAUACUUCCUGCUGACAAAGGUAGAUGUACUGUUCUGUUAAACCAGAUAGACUAUCAUGAGAAAGUGAUGUUGUUACUUAGUGACACUAACACAUAUGAGCUGCUGAAACAAGAUCCAGGUAGCAGCUACAAGAAAAAGGUGAUAGAUUGUCUGAAAGUUUUAGAACAGAACAAUGCUAUUGACAGGGCUUUGUAUUACAAAUUAUAUCCGGGGGAGGCUACUCCUAGUCUGUAUGGGUUACCUAAGAUACACAAACAGGAUGUACCUUUACGACCCAUUGUUUGUAUGAUUAACUCUGUGACUUAUAACAUUUCUAAGUUUCUAGCAUCGAUUCUCAACCCGUUGGUAGGUAGCACGGAACAUCACAUUCAGAACACCAUGGACUUUGUGGACAAGGUGAAGGGCGUCAUCAUUGAGACGGAGGAAACAAUGGUCUCGUAUGAUGUUACAUCCCUCUUCACGUGCAUUCCGGUUGCUGAGGCAGUGGAGGUGGUCCGUAGGAAACUACAAGGCGACCCCACCCGGAGCACGAGGACCACCCUUACCACGGACCAGGUGUGCACACUCCUAGAACUGUGUCUUCAGUCCACCUACUUCUCGUACAGAGGACAGUUCUACAAACAGAAACAUGGGUGUGCUAUGGGGUCCCCUGUCUCACCUAUUGUUGCAAACCUGUACAUGGAGGAAGUGGAAAAGAAGGCACUAAGGACCUACUCAGGGACACCACCGAGUCAUUGGUUCAGAUAUGUGGACGACACCUGGGUUAAAAUAAAAUCAGAGGAAGUACCACAUUUCACGGACCACAUCAACUCAGUGGACAAACACAUCAAGUUCACAAGGGAGGAUGCAAGCGACAACGUUUUAGCCUUCUUAGACUGUGAAAUUGCUAGUAAAGAUGGGGGACGGUUGAAAGUAAAUGUUUACCGCAAACCAACACACACGGACCAGUACUUAAGGUUUGACUCCCAUCAUCCUCUGGAGCACAAACUAGGAGUCAUCAGGACGCUGCACCACCGGGCAAACAGCAUCCCCACAGACACUACGGCCAAGGAUAGAGAGAAAUCUCAUGUCAAGAAGGCCCUGGGUGAAUGUGGUUAUCCCAACUGGGCAUUCGUAAAAGCGGGAAAAACGCCCAAACACAGCUCCAGUGGAUCAAAGGGAGGAGAAGAACAACCGCGGUCUAGACGCAAACCAGUGGUGAUUCCGUAUGUGGCGGGAGUAUCGGAACAAUUAAGACGGAUAUUCUCCAAACACCGUGUUUCAGUUGCUUUCAAACCCCAGAACACGCUACGCCAGAAAUUAGUUCACCCUAAGGACCGGGUUCCUCGACACAAACAGAGUAACGUAGUGUAUGCUGUUAGGUGCCGGGAGGAUUGUCGGGAACUGUACAUCGGGGAAACUAAACAGCCACUGGCGAAACGGAUGGCCCAACAUAGAAGAUCGACCUCUUCUGGCCAGGACUCUGCGGUUUACACCCACCUGCAAGCCAGCGGCCACUCAUUUAAUGAUGAAGAUGUGCAGAUCCUUGACAAGGAGGAACGCUGGUUUGAACGUGGAGUCAAAGAGGCCAUUUACGUGAAGAGGGAACGACCAUCUCUGAACCGGGGAGGGGGCCUCAGAGUACAUCUCUCACCAUCUUACAACGCCGGCAUCAUGGUGGCACAGCUGAUAGGCUGGGAGUUACUUCCCAAAAUUGUGCAGGUGGACUGGCUGCUAUAA